AUGAUGGCUGUGGCCGCCCGCAUCCGCAAGGGUCUGAAGGAGCUGAAGCGCGCGGACGGCACGCCCUACGUCCAGCUCCUCGACGCGGGCGACACGAAGUGCCUCCCGGUGGUCGCCCCCUGAGUCCACGUGACCGUGUCUGCUCGAUGGCGUGACGCUCUACUAUCACGCAGGUCACGGCGCGCGUCAACCCGGCCCUGAACGCGCCCUACGACGACAUCGACCUCCAGCACGCCAUCGCCCAGGAGCACUGGUACGUCUGCGGCUACAAGAUGAACAUGAAGUGAGUGCGGCCGCGCGGAUCACGGCGCCUUCGCGCUGGACCAUCGUGUCCUCCCGGACGCCUCCACGCCGUCGCCGAGACGGCUUGAUUCACCGGUCGCGUUCCACGCAGGCACCCGAUCACCGAGGAGACGCACCACCUCUUCCACGACGCGGACCCGUCGACGCCCAUGUUCCGCGUCGUCGUCAAGGCGAACCUGUCCAUGCCCAUGGCCGACAACCUCGUCGCGUCCAUCAAGAAGUCCUUCGCGUUCCUCGACGCGCACGGCGCCGGCUUCAACAGCCACCCGCACCACGCGCACCAGCCGCACCACAAGGCGUGCUAGGACGGCGUUGGACUCGUCUCUCGCCUUCCCCCUUCCCCUCGCCAGAGACCUAAGCUCAGUUCAACUUC